ACAAUAAAUAAUGUUGCUGAGGCCUUUGUGUCCACACAGAUUCAUUCUUUCGCCUCGGGUAGGAGGAACUUGAGGCAUUUGAACUGAAUUCCAGUCUUGUUACCCUCAAUAAGGGCCACCAUUGUAUGUAAAUGGCUUAUAAAGGAGCAUAUGACUUCUAUGGUGCAGGGCAGCGGCUAGUGUUGAGGAAAAUAUUUGCAUUUCCAAAUGGCAUGGUCUUCUUCACUGAGCCAUUUAGUGCAUUGUUUCAACCCUUUUCUGGACAUAUUUGUGUACCACCACUGCUGAAGGUAACUGACUAAAUAUUUGUUUUUAAUUUGCUGUUUAGAACAAAUUGUUUUAGUAUGAGACUGUAAUAUCCACAUACGUUUCAUAUACUGUAUUUUAUGUCUAUAGUCCUAUGAAACUCCACGCCCUGUUUAAUCUAUCUACAUGAGCAGAAUCGUAUUGUAUACAGUAGAUCUGGUUAGGUGCUUUAAAUAGAGCUAAUCUGCUUUUUAUAGAACUGGAGAGGCUGUCACAUGGCCUUGCCCAAAAUAUUGCGAUUGGCUUUUCUUUUUGCAUCAGGUGACAGCAUGUGGCAAUAGAGCAUCGCCCAUGCUCUUUUAUUCAACUCCAGGGCACACACAAAUUGCACAAAGUGUCCAAAUGCCCAAAGUGUCCAAAUGUCAAGACUGCACCUGAUGGUCGAUAUAUUUGGACCUGGCAAGGCUUAUGCUGCUUACACCACGGGCUGAGCUGACCUGGAAUCAAAAAUGAAUUGGGCGUCUUUUUACGCCGUAAUCAGCGGUGUAAAUAGGCAUUCAACAGGCAUUGGCCGCAUCUGGCUCUCUGUCAUCUUCAUCUUUCGCAUUCUGGUUUUAGUAGUGGCUGCCGAAAGUGUGUGGGGUGAUGAGAAGUCCGGCUUCACCUGCAACACCCAGCAGCCUGGUUGCAACAGUGUAUGUUAUGACCAGUUCUUCCCAAUCUCUCAUAUCCGUCUCUGGGCCCUGCAACUGAUUCUUGUCUCGACGCCAGCACUGCUCGUAGCUAUGCACGUUGCUCAUCGCCGGCACAUUGACAAAAAGAUCCUCAAACUAUCGGGACGAGCUGGCACUAAGGAGUUUGAACAAUUAAAGAAUCAGAAAUUCAAGAUCACCGGUGCACUUUGGUGGACAUAUAUGACGAGCAUCAUUUUCCGCAUCAUUUUCGAGGUGGUUUUCUUGUACAUAUUUUAUGUCAUCUACCCUGAUUUCAAAAUGGUGCGUCUUGUUAAGUGUGAUUCUUAUCCCUGCCCUAACACGGUGGACUGCUUUGUUUCUCGUCCAACAGAGAAGACCAUCUUUACUGUUUUCAUGCUGGUGGUAUCUGGCGUUUGUGUUUUGCUAAACAUUGCAGAGGUGCUGUAUUUGAUAGGUAGAGCAUGUGCCCGCUACUUUCAGAAACCAGAAGGGGAUCCCCAAGGACCUUGGCUCACUCAAAUGCUGUCCCCUUACAAGCAAAAUGAAAUCAAUCAGCUCAUAUCAGAGCAUUCAUUUAAGCCCAGAUUGAAUUUGGCCAGAAAGAGCCCUACUGACAAGGGGGAGAGAUGUUCUGCCUUUUAGCUGCUGCCAUCUGGGAGGUUUCACUAAUCAUUGCUAACUAACUUGGAGUUUCAGUAAUUAUGACCAGUG